UAUCAACUCUGCUUCCCAACUCCUCUCCAGUUACUAUGCUUAUUUGCGCCAAGAUUGCUAUCAUGCCACCAAAUUUAGUCUGCACUGCACCUUUUGGCUUGUGAAGACCUGGGAAGAGUAUGUGAUAUCUGUGUUGACUGGAAGAAGUGAAGCAGCAACAGCGAGGCAAGCUAUGGUGGGAAACUGGUUUUUUCUAGCAGCCGGUCUAGUCCUUUGCAUCGCCAGUCUGAACAUGGACAUACUGGAGUUGGUCCACAAUGGCAUCUUUGUUUUGCUGACAAUCUCAACAAUCUCCCAGAUUCCUCUUGAUAGGUACUACAUCUUUUAUGGGGUGGCUUGCUCCAUUUUCACAGCUGUCUCAUUAUAUGGUACCUUUGCACGUCUCAUUAACACCAUUGCUGAGAAGUCACUAAUUCCUGUUGGAGUCCAGCCUGUCUCAACUGAUAGACUGCAGAGUGGCCUUAGUUGUCUAAGGAAGUUAAAAAAUGAGCAGCACCAAGGAAAGGGUACCCAACUGCCUGAUGCUCUCUUUUACCUCACCAAUGGGGUGGCAGCUCUCUCAGCAAUUCAUAGCAGCCAGCCCCAACAGAGUUUUCUGGACCUGACAGUACCCUGGGUCUUCAUUCCAGGGACCAUCAUCCAGGGUUAUGUAAGUCGAUUACAGGUUCAAGGAGGGCAGAGAUUUGGAUCGGUUAUCCCAUCCUUCUACUUGGCUAUUUGGGCCAUCUGGACCUGGUUCAGAUUUGCAGGACAUCGGCUGCAGUUUACAACAGCAUCAGCAAAUGGAAUUGCAGCAGGAGCAAUCGCAUUCUUGGUGAUUAAUGCUUUUCUUAUACUAGUUGCUGCUUAUGGAAAUCUUGUUUUGCUGGCAUUAACCAUUAUCAUGGAGGUCAUAGUGGUGUGCCUUCUCCUCUCAACUCUUGAUAGACUACCAUACCAGUUGGAAGUUGCCAUGCUUUCAAUAUUUGCCAUAAUUUGCUUAUAUGGGACUCUGGCAUCACUUGUUAACUAUAUAUUCUCCAAGACCAUAAUACCAGUUGGACCUGCACUCAUAAAGAAUAAUAUUAAUAAGAAAAAAGCUGCUGCUACAGCUCCAUGUCCAACUCCAUCCUCUCGUGGCACCAGUGGGCUCCAUCAGAUUGCCAAAUUGCUGGAAAACAAUGGUGUAUGUGGUAUUCCAACAGAUACUGUCUAUGCUCUGGCUGCUUCUUGCAAAAAUCCAAGAGCGAUAGAAAACAUCUACAAUAUCAAAGAACGUCCUGCAGAGAAGCCCAUCUGUAUCUGCAUCUCUAAUCUGGAGCAGCUUGUUGCAACCAAACCACCAUUUAGUCCUUUGCUUUGGGAGUUUAUGAGAAAUGUCUAUCCAGGAGGCAUCAGCUGUAUUGUACCAAAAGGAGAUUGGCUUCUCAAACUUGGAUUGGGGGCUGCAUAUGAUCGUGUAGGAACCAAGGACAGCAUAAUGAUCCGUGUUCCUGAUCACACGGUCACUGCCCACCUGUGUGACAUCACCGGACCUUUGGCUAUCACAUCUGCAAACCCAAGUGGUGAACCUGACAGCACACAUCAUGACAUGGUUAUCAACCGCCUUGGACAUAAGAUCCAAGGAGUAUUGUGUGAUGGUCAUUCCAAUGAGCUUGUAGGGUCAACGGUGGUCAGCUGCCUUAAACGAUCUCUAUCCAUUGAAGGAGGAGGAGACAUUGUUCGGCGGAAUGGUGUCAAAAUUCUUGCCAAAGUAGAGAAUGAGCUCUCACAUGAAGCAGUAGAGACACCCAUGACCAUAGCAGAUACAUACAAUUUAUGA